AUGUCUCAAGUGGUAUCCUCGCUCGACGUACCUUCAUCUUACAGAGAUAAUCGAUCAGAGCUGGACAGGGAGACAGAGCGGCGUCUCCUCGCCCGGUCAACUACACUCUAUGUCGGUAAUCUGAGCUUCUACACGACCGAGACUCAAAUGUAUGAGGUGUUCUCCGCCUGCGCAAGGCCAGAAGAAGGUGGAGGGGUCAAACGGAUCAUCAUGGGUUUGGAUAGGCACCAAAAGACCCCCUGCGGCUUUGCGUUUGUUGAGUACUACUUGCACAGUGAAGCUCUUGCCAGCCUGCGGUACAUAUCCGGAACCAAGGUCGACGAGCGCAUCAUCCGUUGUGAUCUCGAUCCCGGUUACAAGGAGGGAAGGCAAUUCGGCCGAGGAAGAUCUGGGGGUCAGGUUCGGGACGAGUUCAGACAAGAGUAUGACAGCGGGCGAGGAGGUUGGGGACAUCAACGAAUGGAAGAAGAGAGACGAAGGCAGGAGCAGGAACGAUUGAGAACCCAGAUCCAGAUGGACACAUACGCCACCGGUGUGCCCGGUGAGAUUCCAAGAGGGGAAGGCCCUGGCGCGGGCGGCCGGUCGAAGAGGGCGAGAAGCGAUGAUGAUGAAGAAGAU